ACACACACACACACACACACACACACACACACACACACACACACACACAGAGUGAAAUAAUGAACUAACAGAGUUGAGAUCUGUGAUCUGAGAGUCAUUUUCUCUUCCUGCUCCCGUCCUCGGGUCUCGUCGUCUCCUUUCAGUAGUUUUCUGUCUGAUCACUUCACGUCUCUGUGGUCGCUUUCGUGUCACUCUGGUGGUUUUACAUCCUUUUGUGCUGAGCUUGUGUGUCUUUGGGGUUGUUUGACUGAUUUAGAACAGGAAAUGUCACCUCUGUGACAGUUUGGUAAUCUUUUCACAACUUCCACAGCGUGUAGGUUUAUUUUCUAACCUCUCCUCAAUAUUUCAUAUCGCUGUGUUAAAGGAUUACAAAUGAGGAACCAAAAGCUGCGUUCCUCUAACAUCCAGCAGAGGCUCGAGCAGUGAGGUAAAACAUGUUUACAGCCUGAUACAGAAACGGUUUAGCUAAUUUCCUCACAACAGCUGUACGUGACUCACUUGUUUGAUUGUUUCAAGGCUUAACGUUUGCAUAAUUGGGGCUGUGGCCUCUCUGACUGGCAGGUAGCUGCUAGCUGUCUGCUGGCCUUCGCUUUGGCUCGCUGGAGUCCCUGAACUGGACCGCCGCACCCCGUUUGUGAUACAAAACCAGUGUGUAAACACUAUGGUGUCCCUCUUUUAUAUACAGGCUGUUCCUUUUUUAAGGUUCGGGGGAUAAAAAUACUGAAUGCAUCCAAAAGCGGCAGGUUCCUGGGCACAUGCUGAAAUGCAUCUUGAGACUCGUGGUUCUCUCCUUCAGCUUUCACCGCUUCGUCUCUGCGGUCUCGACACGGGUUUGGACAUUUCUGCCUCCUCUGCGUGUUUAUCAUACGACUGCAGCUGCAGGUGGAAAUUCUAGUCCCAAACCCUGGUGUCUGAGUGCCAUGACCUUUAGAUGACUCUUCAUUUUCAAAGAAAGCUAAACCCCCGGUGUCGCUUUCUGUAAAGCUGAUUUUUCCCCAGUUUGUGUGACUCAGUACAGAUGAUUUCCUUUGUCUAAAUUUUCCUGCUUUAUUUUCCUUAUUUGGACGAAAAAUGCAACGCAGUUUAUUUUCACUUGGGUGCACAUGCGUCGUCCUCCUGCCACAAAUAUUCACAGAAUGUGGAUUCAUCCGCCGCUGAAAAUAGUCCUGAAGACGAGCGCUCUCUCCUCCUGUCUGAUUAAAAUACCAGCGUUUGUGAGGCUUGAACAAAAGCCAGUGUUCAGGUGAAGCCACAGACAGAGAGGAAGUCAGAUCGUGUUGGAGGCCACGUUCUCCUGGUUUGGGCUGAGAACUUCGAGGACUUCCUGUUCCACCUAUGGGGAGCUCUUUCAGAACGAAUGAGGCCCUCAUGGGAACAACUGUUAAGGCCGACAGUGAAUGCCGCCGUGAGCAGCCCUGCAGCCUCUUUGCUUUCACCUCCCGACGAGCGCCACCUCACAAUGACUCCUGCCACCAAUCUCAGCACCGGCGGCGCUCCGGAGGAGAAGCCCUGCAUCGUCAACGACCAGAUGGGACCCUUCACAGUCAUCUACAUCCUCAUCUUCAUCAUCAGUCUGCCUGGAAAUCUGGUGUCAGUGUGGGCCUUCAUCCGCUGCCCCAGAGCCAAGCAGAAGAGCGCCAGCAUCUACCUGAUUAACCUGCUGGUGGCCGACCUGCUGCUCCUGCUCGCGCUGCCCUUUAAGAUCAUGAAGGACCUCGGGGUGGCGCCGUGGAACCUCAUGGUGUUCCACUGCCAGGCCAGCGCCGUCACCAUCUACAUCAGCCUCUACGCAUCCAUCGCCUUCCUCGCCUUCAUCAUCACAGACCGCUACCUGCAGGAAUGCCACACUGUGCGCUCUCUGCGGCUGCAGGAGGUCGGCUUCGCCCGGCUGCUGUCGCUGGUCGUCUGGCUGCUGCUGCUGCUCAUCAUGGUGCCCAACAUGGCCCUGCCAAUAAAACAGGUCAAGGAGCAGACCUACCUCAGCUGCUCUUCUCUGAAGAAGGACAUCAGCCUUCACUGGCACGCUCUCACGGUCUUCCUUUGCACGGCGCUCUUCCUCAACGCCUCCGCCGCCAUGCUCAUCUCCAGCACCCUGGCUGUCAAAAAGCUCCUGCGCAGCCGCAGCGACCCCAAACUCUGGGCGAACGCCAGGAGGGUGGCGGCAAGCGUGGCGGCUGUGGCGUUGGCCUAUGUAUUCAGCUUCGUCCCCUACCACGUGGUCCGCACGCCGUACACGCUGGCCCAGACCAAACUCAUCACAGACUGUGAAACCAACAAGUGGCUGUUUCUGGGGAAGGAGUCCACUCUGCUGCUGAGCGUGCUCCACCUCUGCUUCGACCCGCUCAUCUUCUUCUACCUUAACGCCCCGUUCAGACACACCAUCAGAAAGCUGUUUCCCUGCCUCGGAAACCACGCCAUCAGAGACGCAAAGGAGGAGGCGGCAGAGGAAAUGAUGCAGCCGGCAACCUCUGCACAGCAAGAGGCUGCAUGCUAACCACACCGUCUCCUCCAGGAUGGUACUUAGCUUAGCACAAUGACUGGAAACUGUUAGCUUAAAUGCUCUCUUGAAAGACUACAAACAUGGACUAAAGACUUACAGAUGCUCCUCCAUGUGCAACAGGAUUCAACUUGACUUAUUAAACUUAUAGAUUAUUACUCACUGUUCAGUUUUUAUCAGUGUGACUGGUGUUAAUAAAAUGAAGACUAACAGGUGAAAUGAUUAAACUCUGUGAUGCUGUUACAUAGACUGUAACUUUAUAUUAUUAUUGAUUCAUAAAGAUGAAACAAAGAGAACAAACCCGAUUGGUCCUUUUAAGUGCUGUGAGCGUCUGUCACCAGCAGAGGGCAGCAGUAACCAGGGUUCACCACAGUGCUCCUCAACUGAAACACCUUAUAGAACCUUAUGAUAUCCCGCUUGUCCUUUUCAACAGAGGACACAAUUAUUAAAGCUAAAUACCACAACAAAAACCAUUUUUAAUGUCAUGACAACAGGUCAGAAAGCAGAAUCUAAACACUGUGAUGACGAUGUACUUAAAGUGUGUCUUGGGAACAUUUAUUGAAGAAGUCUUUUGCCAAUAGCCAUAUCCUGAAAUCGAACACCACGAUGAUCCCAAAAGGUUGAGUCUGUUCAUCUGGAGGUUUCAGUGGGAGAAACGUUUCAUCAUCAUCAGCUGACGUCUUCAGUCUCAGCUGACUGCAGGUUCCAACCUUAUAAACAGGACAUUUGCACAAUGACUGAAACCUGCAGCACUGAUGAACAAAGGGCCGGGAGGUCAGUUCAUGAUCAUUAAUAUACAAAUUCUCAUGACCACUGAUCAGUAACCAUGAGUACCAUUCACAGAGAGUUGGGGAAAAGCUGCAAUCACAGCAUUGUAGGAUGGUGACAGAUGAA